ACCAGAAUAGGCUCAUUGAUCUGCCCCCUGCAGGUCUGGCUGAGCCGAGACAGAUGGCAGCUCCGAGCUGGUCCCAGCACUCUCUGCUCAACCAGGCAGCGAUGAGCCGACAAGGUUUCAGUGGAGCUUCUUCACCUCUGAACUUCUCGGCCAGGACUACAGGAAAUGGAUAUCCCCACACAGACCUAGGAGAAAAUGACUUGGACAAUCUAACUUUUGAACUUGCAAAGACAGAGGAUGAGAUUCAGACCUUAAGGCAGGUGCUUUUGGCCAAAGAACAGUAUGCUGCCGACAUCAGGAGGCAGCUGGGAAUAAGUCCACUCGAUAACAUAAAGCAGAAUCUGUCCAAAGGCUGGCAAGAAGUCCAGACUUCAUCUCCAUACCUAACAGCUUCUGCUACUCUGGAUGACAUCAGCCACUCCAGUGUGUAUGUGAAGACGCGGGACGGUCUGACUCAUGCAGGCCAGGUGACAUCGGCUGCCCUGUCCAGUGUGGGUGUGGUGAUGACCAGGAGCCUGACGCAAAUGAGAGCCCUCCCUCUUCCAACCCCACCACGCGCCUUGAGUCACACUGUGAGUGUGCCAACUAUGAGACAUUCCUCUACAUUCAAGACUUUGGAAGAAAUGGUCAGCAAUGUGAAGGACAAGGUGGCCGGCAGUCUGUCCAAUAAUGGAGACACUUCUGGGUUUGAAAGAAGAUUUUCACGCAAGAACACAUGAGAUGGCAUCAUAUUAUGAAGUAUUUUCACUCCUUCUUUAGUUAGGAAAGCAUCUUAUUUUUGCUUCCUCCUCAAUGUAACUGUCCACUUUUGUUUUUGACUAUUAAUACAAAAUGACUGUUAGAAUAUACUUUGUCAUAUGUCAAAGUUAUGUUUUAAUGUGCAAUGGAAACUAUUUCUUAUUGUAAUGAAAUGUAUCUAUUUUGACUACCAAUGCUGUAAAUCCAUAAUUUGAAAUCAACUGUA